GAGGUUAUCUUAUGAGGAUAUUCGGUGGAAAUAAGUUGGCGUCCUCAUCGCUUCGCCUUGGUUCCAACGUGCAUGGGUCAUUCAAGAAGCCGGUCUUGCCAGGCACCCUUAAGUCGUCUAUGGCAACGCCGAUUUCAGUUACAGAAGUCUGAUGACCAUGGUGAAGUUUUGUCGUCAACUAAUUUGGAGAUCUUGCCGUAAACGCGCAUAUUGGCCGCUUCUUCGUCCACACCCAGUGGGCAGACUGGACCAGCAACUGCGUGGACAUGGAGCACGAAUUUGUCGCUCUGCUGGACCAUGGUACGUUACUGAAGUGUUGGGAUCCGAAGAUCGUAUUUACGCAUUCAGUCGACACCCACUGUCUCACGCCUACGGUGGCGGUAUCCCUGAUUAUACAAGGAUAAACUUCAAGUGUACCAAGAAGUGUCGGUUCGGCUGCUCCAGGACGCUGGCAUCCGAGCACUUUCGUCCGUCAAGCACAGCUCAGUCAGUAUUAACGAAGACUUUCCAUCCUGGGUGGAUCGAUUGGAUACGAGCUUUGUUCUCAACAAUGUUCACAAACAUCCCGACGAUAUAUACGCGGCAAGCGGCCGGCUAUAUGAUAUUGUCCCGCAGUUUUUUGGGCAAUAGGUUUCUUCUACAGGCAUCAUGGUAGACGAAGUAUUAACGGUCUUCGCCAUAAACAUGGUCCAUGAGUUCAUGAAAGUCAUGUUCAGCAGAAUCAAUGCUUGUGGUACAAUGCACAAUCUGAUACGGUACCUCGAGGACCCCAAGACUCCAUUCGC